AGCAUGUGUAAUACAUAUUUUAACAAAAAGAGGGAGAGAGAAGAGCGCCGCAACCGCCAAACGCAACGCAAAGAACUACAAACAGGCGAAUCCGCCAUCAACAACUUCUUACUUCUUCACUUUCUCAUUAACUUUCAGUUAUUAAUAAUUUAAUUAGUUAUUAGUAGCAAGAGCCACGAAUAAUCCUAUCCCUCCUCCAUUUCCUCCCAAUCCUUCCCAAAUUUCUUCACAAAAGAAACCCUAAUCUACCCCAUUCACAUUUCCUCCUAUUUUCACUGUUGUUUUCAAACCACCUUCUUCACAUUUUCUUCCUCGACUUUGACAAAGUCUUGAGUUGUAGUUGAUCACACACACACACAUAUAUAUAUAUAUAUAUAAAGCUCAAAACCUUUGCUUCAACUUUCAGAAUUGACUCAAAACGUAAUGCUCUAAUCCCAUUCCAGGAAAGGGUUUGUCUCCUCUCUCUCCUCCAUGAGCGACUCUAACAUCUCUUCCUCUUCCUCUGAUUCUGCAUCCAUCGCCACCGUCGAUCAGAAUGUAGGGAGGAAUGAAAGAAUUAUAGAUGCUGAUCAAACGUUUUCUCCAGAGUUGCGUCAUUGGCGUGAUGUUUUCUGGUUAGCAAUAUUCAUAAUUCAUUUGAUUGUGUUAGGAGUUUUGCUCGCCAUUUUUGGACUCAAUAGGUUUAAGACAGCAGAUAGGCUAAACAUUGAUAGAUAUACUGAAGGGUUUUGGGAGAAUAAUAACGGAUUGACGGAGACUUAUUGGCCCAAGUAUGCUGUUGCCGGUGGGGUUGGUACCGGUCUUGGAUGUAUUUGGUUGUUGUUGCUUGGUUCACGCGCUAACCAAAUGAUGAAGGUUUCGGUUCAUAUUUUGACAACAUACCUUGCUGUGAUUAGUGUUUUAUGUUUCUGGUGCGAACAAUUUUUCUGGGGCGUGGCCUUUGCAACUGGUGCUGCGCUACAGUUCUUGUAUGUUAUAGCAGUUAUAGACAGACUUCCAUUCACCAUGCUGGUCUUGCAAAAAGCUGUUAAACUGGUAUGGAGUCUUCCUGAAGUUACAAGAGUAGCAUAUGCAUUUAUGGCAGUCAUGCUUUUAUGGAUGGGCAUAUGGUCUUUUGGAGCGGCUGGUGUUGUGGCUUCAAGCAGGGGUGACCUAGGACGCUGGUGGCUUCUUGUGGUUCUCUCUGUAAGCUUAUUUUGGACUGGUGCUGUCCUCUGCAAUACUGUACAUGUUAUAGUGUCCGGGCUUGUGUUUCUCGUGCUUCUUCAUGGCGGUCGAAAUGCUUCAUCAAUGCCUCCCAACUCAUUGAUGAAAUCCCUACGAUAUGCUGUAACAACAUCCUUUGGAAGCAUUUGUUACGGGUCACUUUUCACAGCUGCUAUUCGGACUCUGCGAUGGGAAAUCAGGGGAUUCCGGUCCAAAAUUGGCAACAAUGAAUGCUUGCUUUGCUGCGUUGAUUUUUUGUUUCAGCUUGUGGAGACCCUUGUUCGAUUUUUCAACAAGUAUGCCUACGUCCAGAUAGCUGUUUAUGGGAAAGGGUUUAACCGAUCGGCAAGGGAUGCCUGGGAGUUAUUCCAGUCAACUGGAGUUGAAGCACUAGUUGCCUAUGAUUGUUCGGGUGCUGUUCUGCUGAUGGGUACUAUCUUGGGUGGUCUUAUCACUGGAACUUGUGCUGGUGUUUGGACUUGGAUUACUUGGAGGGACAGAGUGAUUAUGGUGGGGUCAACUGCAAUGUUGAUGGGAAUGGUCUUGGUGGGACUUGCAAUGGUGGUUGUUGAAAGUGCUGUUACAUCUAUAUACAUCUGUUAUGCAGAAGACCCUUCCUUGAUUCGAAGAUGGGAUCCUCAGUUCUUUAACCAAAUGUCGGAGACGCUGCACCAGCGUCUGCAACAUAGGAGUGCACGAGCCAGGGAAGUAUUGACUCAGAACCAGCUUGACAGCCACAUGCAAGAUACAUUCCAUCUUUGAAAACUUACCUAUAUCAAGUGUAAUUCAUACUCUAAAAUUACUAUUCCAAAUAUAGAUGAGUUUGUUUAAUAGUGUACUUGCCAAAUGGUUUUUUUCUUCAAUAUUUGUUGCAAGUUCCAGCAGGUUAUUUUUAUAUUUUUGGAGUUCAUUGAAUAUUGUAGAGAGAACAUGGGUGGAAAUGGUCCUAAUAAAAAUGCAAAGAAGUUCCUUUCACUUGCCAAGGGAACAAA